UUCAUCCUCUCGCUGUCGUCAACAUUUAUGUAGAUAUUCAAUAGUCGUAGGAAAAAUAUUUUUCUCGUCCAUUUCCUUUCUUCUUUUAACAUUUUUGUUUAAGCUUUUUGUUGUUGUUUGGUGUGUGUUGGCUUCUUACAAUUACUUGGCUUGUUAGUUGGGUAUUGAAGGAUUUGGAAUAAAUUUACUUUAGAUAGUUUGUAUAUAAAGUAGAGUUUGUAGUGAGGGAAUAUUGAAAGUUUUUCUUGUUUUUGGUUGAAAAAAUUAAGUUAGUAAACACAAAUGUGAACUUUUGAGGAUUUUUUAAAUUUAAUCUAUGAUCAUAUUAUUUUCUAUUUAUAUUAACAAUUCUGGGGGGGGGGGUUUUCCCUCUGUUGGAAAAUCAACUUUACUUUCAAAUAUUUCUGGUGUGCAUUCUGAAGUAGCUGAUUAUGAAUUUACAACCUUAACUACUGUCCCUGGACUUAUAAGAUAUAAAGGUGCUAAAAUUCAACUUUUGGAUUUGCCUGGAAUUAUUGAAGGAGCAAAGGAUGGAAAGGGUCGAGGACGGCAGGUUAUUGCUGUUGCCCGAACUUGUUCUCUAAUUUUAAUGGUUUUGGACGUUACAAAACCUUUGAGACACAAAGAAUUAUUGGAAUAUGAAUUGGAAGGUUUUGGGAUUCGAUUAAAUAAGACACCCCCAAACAUUACUUUUAAAAGAAAAGACAAAGGAGGAUUAAAUUUAAAUUGUGUGGUAUUUAAAUUUAUUUCCUUAAAAAACUUCCUCCUUCUUUUUUCUCUUUCUAAAAAGGUCCCUCAAUCAGAAUUGGAUUUGGAUACUGUUAAAGCAAUUUUAGCCGAAUAUAGAAUUCAUAAUGCAGAUAUUACACUUAAAUAUGAUGCUACAACUGAAGAUUUAAUUGACGUUAUUGAAGGAAAUCGUGUUUAUAUUCCCUGUAUUUAUGUUUUAAACAAAAUAGAUCAAAUAACAAUUGAAGAAUUAGAUAUUCUUUAUAAUAUCCCUCAUUGUGUGCCUAUUUCUGCACAUAAUAAAUGGAAUUUUGAUGAUUUAAUGGAGAAAAUAUGGAUUUAUUUAAAUUUAAUUAGAAUUUAUACAAAACCAAAAGGUCAAUUACCUGAUUAUGAAACUCCAAUAGUUUUGAACGCUGAUAAACGAAUAAUGGAAGAUUUGUGUAUGAAAAUACAUAAAUCGCUUGCUAAAGAUUUUAAACAUGCUCUUGUUUGGGGCAGAAGUGUUAGACACACACCACAAAGUGUUGGAAAGAAUCAUCUUUUGGAAGAUGAAGAUGUAGUUCAAGUUAUUAAAAAAUAAACUUUAAAAAAUAUAAAAAAGUAUUGUCUUUAUCUUUGUGUUUUUCUUUGUUAGAAUAUGUUUUUGUUAUUUUGUUUUUAUUUGUUUGUCUAUUAAUAAUUUUUUUUUAAAAAGAGUAUUUUAAAUAAAUAAUUUUCAACACAAUUUGUUUUUUUGAAGUUUUUGAAGUUUGUUGUUGUUUAACACAAAAUAAAGUUUAAUUUAACAAAAUUAAGAAGGCUUAAAUGGAUUCGGUGGAUUUAUAGGGAUUAAAUGGUACAUUGGGAUCAAGAAGGGUUAAGAGGAUGAUCAAUUGGUUGAUAAAGAUAGAAAUCGAGUGAUUUGCGAGUAUUAAGUGGAUUUGGAGGUAUAUCAGGUUUUGAAGUAUAUCGGGGAUAUCUGGGAAUUGCAUGGAUGUAUAUAAAGGGAUGUCAUCUAAAUCGUUCUUAAUCCCUCAGUCUCCCAACCCACUUAAUCCUCAUAAACCCCUCGAUAUCUUCCCAAAUUUUUUAAUCUCUCGAUAUCCCUUUCAAUUCCCCAAAUCCUAGAUAUUCCGCAAAUUCUCCGAUGUCCCUAUUAAUCACCUAUAUCUCACAAUGUCUCUUAAUCCAUCAAAAUUUGCCUCCCUCGAUAUUUCUCCAAAUCUAAUUAUGCACCAUAACUUACCUAAACAAUUUGUUUACAAAUUUGAAAUUAAUGUCGCGGACAGAGACCAGUGAUUAUUUCAUAAAUAAUUUGAAGUUUAUUUUUGUUAGUUGCCCCGUCUUUUGUAAUCUAAACUUACUACAUAUUUCUGUCUCUCUUUUGUAUUUAAAAUUAGGUAGUUCUAUUGUAUUAACUAAGCGCAUCUGUUUAAUUCCCUUUUUAUGUACCAGCCGCCAUUCAUUAACUUAUAAUUUUGCCCACAUUUGGAAUGUUGUUUACCUUUAACUUUGUCUACCCGCAUAUUUUUCUGGCCUAUAUAAUCUCCCCCUCCAAAUCCCAAGGGGUUUUUGUUUUUGCGUUUCUUAUUAGCUCUGCUCUAUUCUGCUGGUUCCAUUACUCUGGUUCGACUGGCUGGCUCGCUCUGGUUCUUAUUGCUUUACUUUGUUUGGCGCUUAUUUUACUAAUUGUUCGAUUUAAUUUAAUUUGAAAAAUAAAUAUUGUUAAUUGGAUUGGAAGUUUUUUGUGG